AUGGAUGCCCUACACAGUUUCCGGCAGGUAAAUUUCAAUCCGCCAGAUAUUUUUGCGGCUUUCGGUAAUAAAGCAGCUUGCCCUACCUCCCCAUACGACAUUGAACUUAUCUUUCUAUCUUUCAGCGAGGACACGAACGCGGUCCAUGUGGCUGAGGAGGCGAUGGUGGCCGAACAUGGGGCCAUAAACGGUGAUGUCUCUGCGCCUUCACCCCCCUUCUCCCCAGGCGUUGAGCCCCGACUAAGUCUUACUGCCGUUGCCCCCUCUACUGCUGCUAUCCCAACGGACACACAGAAUACGCCUAGUCUAAACACUGACCACCAGGAGACGGUGGCAAUGGAAUCCGCGGAUGCUACUGCUACAGCUGAUGCCGGUCCUCAGGGUAUAUGCUCCAAAAGUUCUAUCCCGUUUUCUUCCGAUAAUUUUCAUUGA